AUGACGGUGGCCGCAGUAGCGAGCUCCCGGGAGGCCGAGACACCGAGCCCGCGCGACUGCCGGGACGGCCAAGGCGAAGGCGUCGGACGGAGGCCAGAGAAGCAGCCGAAAGGGAGAAGGAGGAGGGUGAGGGGAGGGGUGGCGGUGGCGGUGGCUGAGGGGGCGAGCUGGGGCCUGAGGGGGGUCGAACUGGCGGCGGUUGAGGGCGGCGAGCAGCAGCUGGGCGCAAGGCGGUGUCCGCUGGUUCGAGCGAAGGCGACGCCCGCGUGCAGCUCGGGUGCAUAUGAGCCCGACUCACAUGCACCGUUGGAUGAUGUGAGUCUAUACACUAGAAUCAUGAAAGACUCACUCCACCUCAACUUCAAUCAGAGAAAUAAGAUCAAAGUCAAAUCGCCGACUGAUGAUAUCGAAAUCUCUGCAAAUCAAAGCCAAGAGCCGUCACAAAUAUUUUCUUACACGUUGCGUAUAGUACUUUUCUUUUCCAAGUGGGCGUGGCUGCGCAAUAGUCUCCUUGCAUGCGUGUUUAUAUAUGAGACCCUUGUGAGCUCUCCCUCUCAAAUCCGCCACAAACACCUACACACACCAACUUGCUCAUCAGCUCCUUGUCCCUCCAACGUUAGAACGGCACAAAACCAUCCAAUGGCCUCACGUUGCAUGAUGCUAUUACUUAUCAUGAUGAGCACAUUGCUCUCAAUGGCAAGCCAAUCCAAGCCUCUGACCAAUUCACCAUACGACGAGCUCCUUUCUCUCCCCAUCGCCGACGACCUCCACAUCGACCCUGAAUCCAUCCGUGAGGCCUCCGUUGACUAUGGCCUCAUCGUCCGAGAAAUUCCCUUGGCCGUCCUUCGCCCAUCUUACCCCGAAGACAUCGCGACUCUCGUGGCGUUCGUGUACAAUGAAUCCUCUGUUCCUCUCACCAUCUCAGCCAGAGGAUGUGGCCACUCCGUCCGCGGACAAGCUAUGGCUCGUCAUGGGGUCGUCGUGGACAUGACGUCUCUCGGUGACAAGCGGCGCGGGACCACCGUGUCGUGGAGCCGGUCGCUCGGCCACUACGCUGAUGUUGGCGGCCAGCAACUUUGGAUCGACGUGUUGGAGGAGACGCUGAAACACGGUGUUGCACCGGUAUCGUGGACAGAUUACUUGUACCUGACUGUGGGUGGUACGCUAUCUAAUGCGGGCAUUAGCGGGGAAACAUUUCGCUAUGGUCCUCAGAUCAGCAACGUCUACGAAAUGGAUGUCAUUACUGGAACUGGGCACUUUUUGACUUGCUCUCCCCACAAAAAUCCCCAGUUAUUUUACUCCGUCCUUGGUGGUCUUGGUCAAUUCGGCAUAAUAACCAGAGCAAGAAUUGCAUUGGGUCAAGCUCCAAAGAGAGCUAAGUGGGUAAGGAUGCUAUACAGUGAUUUUUCGGCUUUUAUGAUGGACCAUGAACGGUUGAUAUCACGCAAUGGAAGGGACCAAGGUGAAGCGUUGGACUAUGUAGAAGGUAUGCUUGUCAUGCGCCGAAAUUCUGACAGUUGGAUAUCUUUCUUCUCUCCCUCGGACCACCGGCGGCUGCUGUCCCUCGUGACCGAACACGAGCUUCUCUACUGUAUCGAAGUAGCGAAGUUCUAUGAUGGAAGCACUCAAAGUAUAGUAGACAAGGACCUUGAGAUGAUAUUGAAAGAUUUGAGGCAUGUCCCCGAGUUCCUGUUCCAGAAGGAUGUCGCCUACGUAGAUUUCUUGAGUAGAGCAGGAGUCGAACAGGGGCCACAGAACGAAACUCACCCGUGGCUCAACCUAUUUGUGCCCAAAUCUCGCAUCGCCGAUUUCAACACGGGCGUUUUCAAGAACAUUGUUCUGAAAAAGAACAUAACAACCGGACUUGUCCUCAUUUACCCUAUGAACCAUGACAAAUGGGAUGAUAGAAUGUCUGCUGCUAUACCAGAUGAAGAUGUCUUUUAUACGGUCGGAUUCUUGCAUUCAAGUGGGCUUGGUGACUGGCAAGAGUUCGACCUUCAAAAUAAGGAGGUGCUCCUUUUUUGUGAAGAUAAUGGUAUUAAGGUCAAGCAAUACCUCCCAAAUUACAGCACCGAAAGAAAGUGGAUGGAACAUUUUGGUCCGAAAUGGCGGACUUUUCAAGAGAGCAAAGCCCAGUUCGAUCCGAAAAUGUUGUUGUCUCCCGGGCAGAGGAUCUUCAACCACAACUAA